UUUCUAGGUGGAAGAAGAGGCCUCUGCUUCACCUUCACCUCGAGCGUCUGACGCUGGUUCACGCCUUCCAUGCGUUACUACUGAGGGAGGGAGAGCGCAUGCAUCGCGUGAGUAACCCGGAGAUGGGGAUGCCCCGGAGAUCCGCCUCCCUCUUCGCCCUCGCCUUCUUCGCCCUGCUGCUCUCCACUUCCCUGGCAGGGAGACAGCGGCCGAGCUUCAUUGUAGAUCAGGAGGAGUCUCUUGGUCAGCAAGGAGAGGCCCAGGACGAAGCAGCUAUGGCACAGCCUGUGCACUCCCGGAUGCUCAAGGACGUCACCACCAGUGACUACGGCACCUACGACCCAACCCCGUCCAUGCAGAAGCCCCACUUCAAGCUCAUACCCAACUGAUCGAACACCCUGGCUAUACGUGAUAUGAUCCAUCUAUAUAUCUACGUCCAUGUGAAUGUAUAUGUAGAUAUAUUGAUCGAGGUAUUUUAAACUAGUCUGGCUAAUGUGAUAACUGAUAAGAGCAUUUGUAAGUUUUUCUAGACGUGAGGUGAGUACGUGACAAAGAACUUAAUUAGUUGCUUGACCUAUUCAUACACUAUACUUCGAGUAUAUACACAUAUUUGCAAGUA